CGGCGCCCUCCCGUCCAGCUCAUUUCUUUACGGGCCGCGGCCUCGACGGGCGUGUUGGUGCCUGCCGUGGGCGCAUUCUGACCCGGGCUGUAUCUCCCUCGGGAGACUGUGCCGAUGGUUGGGGCAGAGUGAGGUCGUUGCCUUGACGACGGCAGCAUGCGGCCCGCGGUCCUCCCGAGUGCGCGCCCGCGGCAGGCCGAGGCCGCUCUGCCUCCCCGCCCGCUUCGCCCCCGACCCGCGGCCGUGUGCCCUGAAGAGACCCAGCCCGCUCCGGAACUGCCGGGUUGCUAGUCAGCGUCUUGUAGACCUGCGAGCGAGAUGCAUUUCACCCCAAAUUUGUUUCCAAGUUGGAAACCUUUGGGUCUUUCCAUGUGAAAGGAUUUUAAAGAAACGCAAGAAGAAUUCCUAGCGGUUUUGAAUUAAAAUGGAAAAAUAUGAGAACCUAGGAUUGGUUGGAGAAGGGAGCUAUGGAAUGGUGAUGAAGUGUAGGAAUAAAGAUAGUGGAAGAAUUGUGGCCAUCAAGAAGUUCUUAGAAAGUGAUGAUGACAAAAUGGUUAAAAAAAUUGCUAUGCGAGAAAUCAAAUUACUAAAGCAACUGAGGCAUGAAAAUCUGGUGAAUUUGUUGGAAGUGUGUAAGAAAAAAAAACGAUGGUACCUGGUCUUUGAAUUUGUUGACCAUACAGUUCUUGAUGACUUGGAGCUCUUUCCUAAUGGUCUAGACUACCAACUGGUUCAAAAGUAUUUGUUUCAGAUUAUUAAUGGAAUUGGAUUUUGUCACAGUCACAAUAUCAUACACAGAGAUAUAAAGCCAGAGAAUAUAUUAGUCUCACAGUCUGGCGUUGUGAAAUUAUGUGAUUUUGGAUUUGCGCGAACAUUGGCAGCCCCUGGGGAAGUUUAUACUGAUUACGUGGCGACCCGAUGGUACAGAGCUCCAGAGCUAUUGGUCGGUGAUGUCAAGUAUGGCAAGGCUGUUGAUGUAUGGGCCAUUGGUUGUCUGGUAACGGAAAUGCUCAUGGGGGAACCCCUUUUUCCUGGAGAUUCUGAUAUUGAUCAGCUAUAUCAUAUUAUGAUGUGUUUAGGUAAUCUCAUUCCAAGACAUCAGGAGCUGUUUUAUAAAAAUCCCGUGUUUGCUGGAGUAAGGUUGCCAGAAAUCAAGGAAAUAGAACCUCUUGAAAGACGUUAUCCCAAACUCUCUGAAGUUGUGAUAGAUUUAGCAAAGAAAUGCUUACAUAUUGACCCAGACAAAAGACCCUUCUGUGCUGAACUCCUCCAUCAUGAUUUCUUUCAUAAGGAUGGAUUUGCCGAGAGAUUUUCUCAAGAGCUACAGUUAAAAGUACAGAAAGAUGCCAGAAAUAUUUCUUUAUCUAAAAAAUCUCAGAGCAGAAAGAAGGAAAAGGAAAAAGAUGAUUCCUUAGGUGAAGAGAGAAAAACACUUGUGGUACAGGAUACCAAUGCUGAUCCCAAAAUUAAAGAUUCUAAAGUAUUUAAAAUAAAAGGGUCAAAAAUGGAUGGAGAAAAAGUUGAAAAAGUCAGUCGAACUUCCAAUGUCAGCUGUCUCCCCGACAAUGGGACGAGCCACGUCAGAACCGUGCCUUCAACCAGUCUCCGAGAUUGCAGCAACGGCGGCGGGGAUCACGCUAGAAAUCCAGGUGUGGCGAUCCCUCCCAUUGCCCACAAUCCUUCUGCAGUGGCUCCCGGUAUUAAUUCUGGAAUGGUGACUAUCCCGGGAGUUCAGAGUUACAGAGUGGAUGAAAAAACCAAGAAGUAUUGUAUCCCAUUUGUUAAACCAAAUAAACAUUCUCCAUCAGGCAUUUAUAAUAUUAAUGUGACCACAUCCGUCGCCAGUGAAAAGAGCCUACUUCAGGCAAAUAAGAAAAGAAGGGACUACUCCAAGACAGAUGUCCGUCUGCCUGAACUAAACUACAGUCAUCUCCCUGAACUAAGAGCCUUGGAAGGCAUAGCUCGAAAUUCCAGGUUAAUAAGGAAAGAGAACAAGAAUCUCUCAGAAUCUCGAAUUCCUUCUCUGGCCACUAUUGACUUGCAUACGCCCAGUGUCGCAUUCCAUCAGAAGCUGGGACUCGACUCGCCUCUUCAUGAUGUGGAUCAAUACGUUGAACUGUAUUUUGUUUCUGCGCCCAACGCAAACAUUCUCACAUGUAUGAAAGCCCAUCUUUAUAGACUUGUGGAACGUCUGCAAGAUAGAUUUUUGUAUCCGGAUCUCCCCCGUCAGAUGGCCUGGAGGCUGAUUUGCCUCGAAUGGAACACCAGCACUGAGAGCCGUUUGCUUCUGAACUGGAUGCUGCUCUAGCCCUUGAGAUGACAUCCCCUUGCAACAGAAGUGCUGAUAUCCUACAGAGAGAGAUUCGUGGUUUUGUCCUUUACUUCUGAACUGCCUGCAUUUUUUUUUUUCUGAGAAAGGCCUUGCAGAAGAAAAAAGACAAAGACUUCCAAGUGUUUCCAAGGAAGGUUGAAUAAGUGCUCCUCCCUGACUAUCUUGUCACCUUUCAAGUCUCUGUUGCUAUUUCAGGAUAUAUCCAAUGGAAGAAUAGUGAUAUGGUUCUUGUUACAUGAAUGUGUAUUUACUGUUAGUAAAUUGUGCAUUUAAAAUUACCCAAGAGUAAAAAAAAAAGUUUAAAAAGAGAGAAAGAAUCAUUAUAAUGGUCAUGUUAUAUGAACUUUCUGUGUUAUCUAUCUAAAUGUGUACAUUUAUUUAGGAAUGGGUUUGGUGGAGGUAAGUGAUUAAAAACUAGGAUCAGUUGAAGAAAUGAAAAAAUUAGGAUCAGUAAGAGAAAAUUUUUCCUUUACCCUAAUUUAACUGUAAAUACACAUUUAAAAAGCUUGCUUGUUUCUAGGCUUUAGGGAGAUAAGUAAUUGCUCUCUGUGGAUAGGCAUCUGUCUUUGGUUUCUGUGAUUAUUGUUGAUGUUUGAUCAUUGUGUUAUGGGAGUCUGGCCUCUCUGCUGAUCUUCUAAGAACCACACUACUGCAGACGUCUCAAGGACAUUUUUUUGUCUAAUGAUUUAGCAUGGCCUGACCUUAGAUAAUCCUCUGUAUUGUAAGACUGUGGUGCCAGUGUUCCUGUGUACAGGAACAGGACUGAAGUUAAGAACGGUGAAGGAGAAUUUUGUAGGUGUACCUUCCAGUUGAGGACUGUGCCUUUGAGAAAGGAAGUAUAUACGUGCAAAAUUAGGAAAUGGGACACUGGCUUACUGACCGACCAGGACUGGUUACUUUAUCUUGGCCAAUUACUGUUGAUCUACCCCCCCCCAGAGAGGCUUUGGGAAGGAACAUCCGUUGUUAGGGACUUCUCUCCUGUCCACUGGUAGUUUGAAGGUGAUAGCAGACAGAACCCAGAGAUGUUCCUAUCUUCUUGUUUCCUCACUUAGGCCUUCCCAAAAGUUCUUCACCAAUUGGCAAAACUAUCUACCUACAGUCCUCACAUCUUACCUCGUGCCCCAGUCCACGGCUUCCGGGUGGGAAGCUGAAGCCAGUUUGACUCUAGGUUUUUAGUUUCCAGUUUGCUGGUCACACUCUGCAUUUAUUGUUUUAGAGAAUUGUUAGGGGGACCGGAACUUGUGUGUCUUUCUUGGCCUUAACUGGUUAACAACAUGUUUUUUUCCAAAAAGCACUGACUAGAACUUAGCCCAAGAAUUUAACUAGCACUUUUCUUUAUUACUCUGUGGAGCUUAAUAUUGAAUUUCUGAAUUUAGAUACUUGGUCCUCAAAAAAGCAGGACAUUCAGGAAGAGACAAAUUGAGGGGUUCCGAUGUGGAAGUCUAUAGGUGGUUCAAUUAAAAUUCUGUCUUGAUUUUGAAGCUCUAUUUUUAAACUCUGACCAGGUGUUUGACUAAAUUGGUAUGACUAACAUGCUAGACAAAAUUAAUGUGUAGGCAUUAAUAGCCUUCACAUCGAGAUACUGUUUCAUUUUUACUUUAAAAAGUAUUGCCAACAGACUGUACAGUGUGGGAAGCAGACAGUACUUAAAAGCCAAGUGGCUUUCCAACUUAUUUUGAUGUAAUUUUUAUUUAAAGACAGUGUGUACAUAUCACCUCAAUGUCUGAGGAUCUAGGAUCAAUUAUCUGUAUUUGUUUUUGGUAUCUUUUGCCUAUUAAAACACUGUGUGAACUUUAGAAUUAAGGGACUAAAUAUAAUUUACUCUAAGUGCAAGUUGAGACUUGAGGAUCAUAUCUGGUUAGAACCUGGGCGGAACUACUUGAAAAAAGAAGAUUUUUGUAAACUGCGGCUCUAGAUACUGAACCAAAAAUAAUUCUUUCAGUUUAAGAUUACUCUGUUCUCCUUACAAGGAUAUGACUAAACAUAAUCGGAAAUAUGUGUAUGUCCUGGUGGGGGAAAUGGGCUUGCUGUUGGAUGUAUGUUUUACAAUUAAUAAAUAUUAUAUCUUACUGA